GCAUCGUGAUUUUUAUCCGAAGUACUCAAAGCAAGGAGUGGCUUAUAAGAUAAGGGGUGAAGGCCACACCUUACAUCUUCCUCUCCUCUCUUGUUCAAUACACUCUAUCGUCAAGCUUCACACCUGAAGGCUUUCUCUUUUCAACAUUAGCUGUAGAUCUGAUGAAUAACUUGUUUUAGCUGCCAACUAGACCUUGAAUCUUGCUGUUGCAGUUAACAUGAUGCCUGUGAUCCCAUGUUCUAUAGGCAAUAUUUCACCAAUUCCUGUGAAAGAUUUUAUGAUAAAGAACAACAAUUGUUUAACAAGAUGCAGCUCAACCAGAAGAUCUGGAAAACGUACAAUAUCUUCCACAAGAUAUGUUUUACCUCUUUCAUCUUCAGUUAGAAUUUUUUCACAAUACCAAAGGGGGGGUGCUUUACAUGGUAAAUCCAGAAUCCAUAUAUUAUCAGCCACAGGAGUUGACGUAGCCGUGGAGGGACCAGGUUCACCUGCUGCAGAUGAAGGUUCUUCCGGGGCCUCAGACAUUCCGUCUGAUGUGGUUGAAACAAGUGAAACUUCCUCCACAAUAUCCGAUGCAAGUACCGCUCCAGCUCAGUCAAAACGGUCAAGACCAGUUAGGAAAAGUGAGAUGCCUCCUGUAAAGGAUGAGGAAUUAAUUCCUGGUGCAACAUUUACUGGUAAAGUAAGAUCAAUCCAGCCAUUUGGUGCUUUUGUUGAUUUUGGAGCUUUCACAGAUGGCCUGGUACAUGUUUCAAGGUUGAGUGAUAGCUUUGUUAAGGAUGUUGGGAGUUUUGUUUCUGUUGGGCAAGAGGUGAAGGUCAGAUUGAUUGAAGCAAAUACUGAGACUGGACGUAUUUCUCUUACCAUGCGGAAAAGGGAUGAUAUUAGCAACCUGCAGCAAGAGAAAGAUGCUCCUACCAGUAGUGAGAAGGCAAGGCCCACCAGACGGAGCACUUCAAAGCCCAAUCAAAAACGGGAUGAGGUGAAAACCACCAAGUUUGUCAAGGGGCAGGAUUUGGAGGGCACAGUGAAGAACUUGGUUAGGGCUGGCGCUUUUAUAUCUCUUCCUGAAGGGGAGGAAGGAUUUCUCCCUACAUCAGAGGAAUCUGAUGAUGGACUUGCAAGCAUGAUGGGGGGCUCAUCGUUGCAAGUAGGCCAAGAAGUCAGUGUGCGCGUAUUGCGUAUCUCAAGGGGACAAGUAACUUUGACGAUGAAGAAAGAAGAAGAUGCUGAAUUAGAUGUUCCGCUUACUGAUGGAGUUGUCCACGUUGCAACAAACCCCUUUGUGUUGGCAUUUCGUCAAAACAAGGAAAUUGCUGCUUUUCUGGAUGAGAGGGAUAAAAUAAAGAAAGUCAAGGAACCAAAUAUCCCAAAAGAAAUAGAAGGGGAAGCAAAUCAAACCGAAGUUAAAUCUAGCAUUUCUGAGGUGCAAGAGCAACUAGAGGUCAGUGCCCCUUCUGCAUUAGAUGUAUUAGUGGAAAAUGAUGAAGUUCUUUUAAAGGAGGAGAUUGUGGGAGCAGAUACGGUAUCUGACUCAUCAGGAAGUGUGGAUGGUGCACUCCAAACCAUGGAGAAAGAAACGGAGGAGAGUAGAAAAAGUUUGGCUCCUGAAGGGAGUGUAUCUAUCGAGAAUCAAACAAUCGAGGAGUCUUCUUCAACCAACAUAUCUGAAGAAGUAGAGGUGAAUCAAACCAAAGUUAAAUCUAGUAUUUCUGAGGCACAGGAGCAACCAGAGUUCAGUGCCCCUUCUUCAUUAGACGAACCAGUGGAAAAUGAAGAAAUUCUUUUAAAGGAGGAGAUUAUGGGAGCAGACAUGGUAUCUGACUUAUCAGAAAGUGUGGAUGGUGCACUCCAAACCAUGGAGAAAGAAACGGAGGAGAGUAGCCAAAGUUUGGCCCCUGAAGGGAGUGUAUCUGCCGAGAAUCAAACAACUGAGGAGUCUUCUUCAACCAACAUAUCUGACUCGUCAGAUACAGUAUCUGAAGUUCUUUUAAAGGAGGAGAUUGUGGGAGCAGAUACAGUAUCUGACUCAUCAGAAAGUGUGGAUGGUGCACUCCAAACCUUGGAGAAAAACACGGAGGACGGUAGCAAAGGUUUGGGUCCUGAAGGGAGUGUAUCUACCGAGAAUCAAACAAUAGAGGAGUCUUCUUCAACCAACAUAUCUGAAGAAAUUGCUAAACAAGUCUUGUCUUCAGAAAACCCAAAAGAUGAAGUUGUAGAGAGUAAAAGUGAUGAUUCCAUGGCAAAAGAUGAAGUGCCAAUCCAAACACCUAGUGCAGAGAUUGAAAUUGCUACUGCUGCACCAGCUGAAGAUGAAGAGGCAGGAUCUACUCCUGACAAAAAUGGUGGUGUCUCCAGCUCUGUUGUACAACCUAGGGAAACCAAAGCUGGAGAAGUUGGUGAAAAUUCUGAUCCAUCUGGGGAAUCAGCUGUGAAACAGACUGUGUCUUCUGGAAAUCAGGUCAUUGAGGAAGUAGUGGAGAGUCAAGUUUAUGAUACCAAGGAUGAAGUGCAGAUACAAGCACCUGCUGCUGAGACUGAAGUUGCAACAACCCCAGCAGUUGAAGAUGAAAAGACAGGACCUGAUCUCAAGAAAAAUGACAACGUCGAAAAUUCUAACGGACAACCUGAAGUCCCUUCCCCCAAGGAAAACGUGAUUACUGGUUUGGACCCUGCUGAGACUGAAGUUGCAACAACCCCAGCAGUUGAAGAUGAAAAGACAGGACCCAAUCUCAAGAAAAAUGACAAUGUAGAAAAUUCUAAUGGACAACCUGAAGUCCCAUCCCCCAAGGAAAACGUGAUUACAGCGUCUAUAUCACCGGCUUUAGUAAAGCAGCUUCGUGAAGAAACAGGAGCAGGAAUGAUGGACUGCAAGAAAGCUCUUGCAGAGACUGGAGGAGACAUUGUCAAAGCUCAGGAAUUUCUUCGAAAAAAAGGUCUAGCAAGCGCAGAAAAGAAAGCUACAAGAGCCACUGCUGAAGGAAGAAUAGGUUCUUAUAUUCAUGAUAGCAGGAUUGGCAUCCUGGUAGAGGUGAACUGUGAGACGGACUUUGUCUCUCGAGGUGACAUUUUUAAGGAGUUGGUUGAUGAUCUUGCCAUGCAGGUGGCUGCAUGCCCUCAAGUCCAGUAUGUUGUUACAGAAGAUGUUCCUCAAGAGAUUGUGAACAAGGAGAAAGAAAUUGAAAUGCAGAAGGAAGAUCUCUUGUCGAAACCAGAGCAGAUCAGGUCAAAGAUUGUUGAAGGACGGAUCAGGAAGAGGCUUGAGGAACUUGCAUUGCUUGAACAGCCCUACAUAAAGAAUGAUAAGGUGGUGGUAAAGGAUUGGGUGAAACAGAACAUUGCAACCAUUGGCGAAAAUAUUAAAGUGAGGAGGUUUGUGCGGUACAAUCUUGGAGAGGGCUUGGAGAAGAAAAGCCAGGAUUUUGCUGCUGAGGUGGCUGCUCAAACUGCUGCAAAAUCAGUGAUAAAAGAUCAGCCUGCUGCAGUGGAAAAAAAGGAAACUGUUGAUAAGCCACCAGCUUCAACCAUCUCUGCCGCGCUUGUUAAACAAUUAAGAGAGGAAACAGGAGCAGGGAUGAUGGACUGCAAGAAAGCUCUCUCCGAAACUGGAGGAGAUCUUGAGAAGGCACAGGAAUACCUGAGAAAGAAAGGCCUUGCAGCUGCAGACAAGAAAUCAAGCAGACUUGCAGCGGAAGGCAGAAUCGGUUCCUACAUUCAUGACUCACGCAUUGGGGUAUUGAUUGAAGUCAAUUGUGAGACUGACUUUGUGGGUAGAAGUGAAAAAUUCAAGGAGUUGGUAGAUGAUCUAGCAAUGCAAGUGGUGGCAUGCCCACAGGUGCAAUUUGUAUCCAUUGAAGACAUUUCACAAGACAUUAUAAACAAGGAAAAGGAGAUUGAGAUGCAGAGAGAGGACCUUUUGUCAAAACCAGAGAAUAUUAGGGAGAAAAUUGUUGAGGGGAGGAUCACAAAGAGGCUUGGAGAGUUUGCUCUUUUAGAGCAACCUUUCAUUAAGGAUGACAAAAUUUUGGUAAAAGACUUGGUGAAGCAAACUGUUGCUGCUCUUGGUGAAAACAUAAAAGUCCGAAGAUUCGUUCGAUUUACACUUGGGGAAGCAACUGAAGAUGAUAAAAAGAAAAACUGAAGCUUGAGAUGUCAGUAAAUCACAAAUAUUGAGGGUAAGUCUUGCAAGUACUGGUGGAAGAAUUUUGAAUUGAGAGACUAAUCUGAUUCUUUUUGUUGUGAUUAAACCAAGCUAUAUGAUCUACUACUAAAGUUUUUGAAGAAGAGGAACAUUUCAAAUCUGUUUUAUGCUAAAUGAAAAUAUGAUAACACAGUUCCUUGGAA